UUGGCGCUCGGUGGGCGGUGGUUGGGCCGCGGCGGGCCCCGCCCCCGGCGCCCGCCCCCCGCGCGCCCGCGGCUGUCACUCAAGGCGGCGGCGGCGGCGGGCGGAGAGAAAGGCAGCUACGCCACAGCCCAGCGGCGGCCAUUCGUGGAAAAAUAGGCCGUCCCGCUCCUCCCAGCUCCGGCUGCGACCGGCCUUCUCCCCGCUACCCCCACCCCACCCUCCGCCUCCUCCUCCUCCUUCUCCUCCCCCCUAGAGCGGCGCCUCAGCGGGGCAUUAAUGCGGGAUGAGCGAUCAAAAGAAGGAAGAAACUAUGCCCACAGAGGGAGAGAAAUCUCCCGAGGCAGAGAAUAACAACAAUAAUAAUAAAAAAGGGAAAACUGGAGGCUCACAGGAUUCUCAGCCUUCACCUCUUGCUUUGCUAGCAGCUACUUGCAGCAAAAUAGGAACUCCUGGUGAGAAUCAAGGAACUGGACAGCAGCAGAUUAUUAUAGAUCCAAAUCAAGGUUUGGUGCAGCUUCAGAAUCAGCCACAGCAGUUAGAAUUGGUAACAACUCAGCUUGCUGGAAAUGCUUGGCAGCUUGUUGCUGCUGCUCCUUCUACUUCAAAAGAAAAUAAUGUUAGUCAGCAAGGAUCUUCUGUUGCCUCAAGUGCAGCAAGUCCCUCCAGCAGUAACAAUGGAAGUACAUCUCCUUCAAAAACCAAAUCAAGCAAUUCUUCUGCCACAACCCCUGGACAAUUCCAAGUUAUUCAACUACAAAAUCCAAGUGGCAGUGUCCAAUACCAAGUGAUCCCACAGAUUCAGACAACAGAAGGUCAACAACUCCAAGUCAAUCCGUCUAAUGCUACUGGUCUGCAAGACCUACAGAGUCAAAUUCAGCUUAUUCCUGCAGGGAAUAAUCAAGCUAUCCUCACAACAGCAAAUAGGACAGCUUCGGGGAAUGUGAUUGCUCAAAAUCUAGCAAAUCAGACAGUUCCGGUCCAAAUUAGACCUGGUGUUUCCAUACCACUGCAACUGCAAACUAUUCCUGGUACUCAGGCGCAGGUUGUAACAACGUUACCUAUAAACAUUGGUGGGGUAACUCUAGCUUUGCCUGUGAUAAACAAUGUGGCAGCUGCAGGAAGUACAGGUCAAAGUGGCCAGUCUACUGAGAGUGGAGCUUCCAAUGGAAAUCAGGCAGCAUCUACACCUGUCACUUCUGCCUCUGUUACUACAAUGCCAGAAUCUCCUUCCUCAUCUUCCACCACUACGACCACUGCCUCGACAUCUCUGACUAGCAGUGACACUCUAGUAAGCACUGCAGAAACAGGGCAGUUCACAAGCACAACAACCAGCAGUUCAGAGCAGACGACUGAAGAACCGCAAACAACUGCUACAGACUCUGAAUCCCAGAACUCGAGUCAGCUUCAGUCCAAUGGAGUACAGAACACCCAGGAUCAGUCGAGUUCCCUUCAGCAGGUCCAAAUCGUAGGUCAGCCUAUUCUACAGCAGAUACAGAUCCAGCAGCCUCAACAGCAGAUUAUUCAGGCCAUUCCUCCACAGUCAUUUCAGCUCCAGUCAGGGCAGACUAUACAGACCAUCCAGCAGCAGCCUUUGCAGAACGUUCAGCUGCAGGCAGUGAGUCCAACUCAGGUGCUCAUCCGGGCUCCAACUUUAACACCAUCGGGGCAGAUCAGCUGGCAAACUGUACAGGUUCAAAACCUGCAAAGUCUUUCAAAUCUUCAAGUUCAAAAUACUGGGUUAUCCCAACAACUAACCAUUACCCCUGUGUCUUCAAGUGGUGGCACAACCAUUGCCCAGAUUGCACCAGUGGCUGUUGCUGGUACUCCCAUCACUUUGAAUGCUGCCCAACUUGCUUCAGUACCUAAUCUUCAAACAGUAAGUGUUGCCAACCUGAGUGCUGCAGGUGUUCAAGUUCAAGGAGUUCCUGUUACCAUUACCAGUGUUGCAGGUCAACAACAAGGACAAGAUGGAGUGAAAGUACAGCAAGCCACAAUAGCUCCUGUUACUGUAGCAGUAGGUGGCAUUGCUAAUGCAGCAAUUGGUGCUGUUAGUCCUGAUCAGAUAACACAAGUGCAGCUGCAACAAGCUCAACAAAGUUCUGACCAGGAAGCACAACCUGGAAAGAGGCUGAGAAGAGUUGCCUGCUCAUGUCCUAAUUGCAGGGAGGGAGAAGGAAGAGGCAGCAAUGAGCCAGGCAAAAAGAAACAACAUAUCUGCCAUAUUGAAGGAUGUGGAAAAGUUUAUGGCAAGACAUCUCAUCUUCGAGCCCAUCUGCGCUGGCAUACUGGUGAAAGACCAUUUGUGUGCAACUGGUUUUAUUGUGGCAAGCGAUUUACAAGGAGUGAUGAGUUACAAAGGCAUAGAAGAACCCACACAGGUGAAAAGAGAUUUGAAUGCCCAGAAUGUUCUAAAAGGUUUAUGCGAAGUGACCAUCUCUCAAAACAUGUCAAAACUCAUCAGAACAAGAAGGGUGGUGGAACGGCCCUUGCUAUUGUUACUUCAGGAGAACUGGACUCUUCGGUUACUGAGGUUCUUGGUUCUCCAAGAAUUGUCACUGUUGCUGCCAUUUCUCAAGAUUCAAACCCAGCAACCCCUAAUGUUUCAACAAACAUGGAAGAAUUCUGAAAGGCUCAUUUAUAUGGACGCCUAGUGCUGCACUUACGUUUACAUACCUUUCAGGAUAUGGAAGUGGGCUGGCAAAGUGGAUUACAGAGCAGGAAAUCAUGUUUUCAGUCAUGACUUCUGUAAUUGUUCCAGGUUGGAGGGUCAACAUGGGAAGUGUACACCGGUGCAACAAGACAAAUUUCAAAAAUACAAACAGCGCAAAUUGAUGUACUGGAUAAACAGAUGGGGGAAUAUUAUUUCCAUACUGUACUUUUUUAGUUAUAUGUCUGUAUAUCAUGCAGUGAUUUUAAACAAACUUCCCUCCCCUAUUUUAGCAUUGUAUGUUAAUGUGUUUAUAAAAUCAGAUAAUAUCAGUAUAAAACAGGGUGGACCUUGACUAGGAUUAAUUUCAUUUGUUGGAAAGUACUUAGUUUUUAAAAUGAAUUUGUAAUAUUUUCAUAGGAACAUCCUUUUCCCAUAAGGCACAGCAAAACUGAAUACAGAUUAAGUGAUAGUGGAUAUAUUUUAGGGUUUUUUUUAGUCCAUAGAACACUUCAUUUAAUUUUGGCCGUCUUCUCUCAAGUUUUGGAAUAACUCAAAUAGCAGCUGGAUGAUGCAUGCUGCAAGGUGGUUCUGAGGUGGACCUCAUUAAUUUUGACCACUACAUUAUAGUAGUGUGUGUAAAUGACAAUCAGUGAGUUCUAAUUCCUCUCUUUGUUUGGAGAGCUAAGGUUAUGUAGAGUUAGUGUAUACAAUACGAAAGAUAAAACCAUAGAAAGAUAGUAACAUAAGAUUUUACGAAAGUAGUGAUGUCUUUAUGUAGGGUGAAAAAUGAGUACAGCAACUUUUGUGUCAAUUUUUGAUAUUUAGUUUCAUUAUAUUUUAAAACAUCUGUGGUCCAUUUCUAACUUGUAGGUAACAUGUAUCAUAAAAAUUCGAGUACUAAAAUGCUUUAAUUUUGUUAGAAGUCAUGGAAGUUAAUCAGACAGUUCAGCGUUGUAGCUCAUUCUCCAGCAUCUUCUCUCUGUAAAUACUAGUUAUUAUAUUGUGGUUAAUGUGCUGAGUUCUUUCUGCUUUGACUUAAUAGCCAAAGAAAAGAAUUAAUUAUCACAUUUUAACCAAAAAAAGGUAUUGAAAGUAAAUGUUUUCUCUCUUUCCCUCUAAAUAUUACUGUCUUUAUUUUCUCUUCAAGAAUCAUUUCUGGGCUGGUAAUAAAUAUCUGUUACCUAUCAAAUCUUACGUUGAGCAUCCAACCACAAACAAACUGGGGAGAGAGGAAUAUCAUUGUCUUUUUACUACACUUUUUAUUUCAGAGGUUUGGUUAAAUUUUCAGAUGUGCCAUUUUAAUAGGAAUACAGAGGAAAUGAGAAACAACAACAAAACCAAACUGCAUUUUGUGUUUGACAGCUCCAGUAGUACAAGGAGGAAAGAUGGCCAAAUAGCUCAUACUUGGAUUUUUAGUUACUUCCCAUAGGCUUACAUGUAACCCUUUACACAUACAGUGAUUUGGUAAUAAUUCUCAUGACCAGCUUUUAAAAAAAAAAUUAUACAGCCAAAUAUUUUUGAUGUAACUAAAGGAGGUACAGUGCAAGAAAGAUAUGGCUUUUUUUCCCUGCGAAUUACAGAAGGAAAAAUGUGUUUGGUAACUGUUGGUUUGAGAGACAUAACAGAUAUCUUGUGCAUUCCCUCACAAAACAUAUACUUCUCAUCUGAAUACUUUAUCAAUCUUGUGGUGUUUUCUGUAUUUUUGAAGGAAGAGAAAUACCAAUCAUUGUUUACACUGUGUACACUUUAGGCCAGCCCUUUGUAGCAAAAUACUAAGCUGAAGGUAUUUUAUACUUUCAGUUUACAUAAAAAGCUUUGAGAUUAAAGAAAACAAUUUUACACUGUGGUUAUGAAUUUCAAGUUUCUUAAAGCUUUUGUAGACUUGUAACAGAGUCUUUAAAUUUUAGUUGGGUUUUGUACAUUAUUUUGUAUAUUUUAUUUAAAGUACUCUUAACUGAUGUAUCUGGAUUUAAAACAUCAGGAUCAAUUAGAUGUUACAUUUAAUACAAAUGAGCAUUAGGUAGUAUUAACUGUUAAUUUUAUUAUAUAGGAGAUGAAACGUCAAAUAUAUAUUUUAUCAUUAUGCUUCACAAUCAGUGCUAUACAUUUCUUUAUGCAAAGAAAAACUUUCCUAAUGUUAAUACCAUGUUUCCUAGAAGUUAACAAUUUUUGUAAACUGAAGUUAAGAGCAUUCUGCAGAACCAUUUCAUAUAUAAUUUUUUUCAUGCAUACUUAUAUAUGCAGAUAGGAAACCGAAGUCAUUUUUAAUCUGCAAUGAAUCCCUAUUAUAGGUGUAUUAAAACCUAAAUCUGGUUGGCUUCAUAGCAUCUCAAGUACAUUAACUUGUGUUAGCAGGUGCACAUUUUACCACUGGAAUUAGAAAUGUUUUGACAGUCUGUUCUGCAUACCAUUCUGAAUCCACUUUUCUGUCUUAAAAGGAUCGUAAAUUUCAAUGUCCUUUAUUUGACUCAGUGGGUUAUAGCUGUUGUAAGUAGUAGGGCACAGAUGUGCAGUAGUAUCUUGUUUAAUGGCAUUUCACUGUUCAUUCCCUUUGCCACCGUUAAAAAUUUUGCUUUAUUGUAAUUAUCAGUGCAAAGUGUAUUUACCAUGGUAGAACUCCAGUGUUAGAAUAGUUUUUUUCUUACGAUAUACUUUCUUUGGUUAGGUUUGUGUAUGUGUUGCUGAUUACAUUAGAAGUUGGUGUUAAGUCAUUAUUUAUCACAUUCUUUCACGAGAGCAGUAAUAAAAGUGUGUAAUCUAGGAGAAAAAGUUAAUUUGUCAAAGUUAGGUAAGCAUGAUGUUCAGGUCCUAUUUUUCAAUUUUAUAACUGUUUUAUUGCAACAAUAUUUGUAUUUAAGUCUUCAUUUUAAUGCCUUGUGGUGUUUUUUUAUGCAUGUCACUGAAUUGUCAUCCCGCAAGAAUUGAUGUGCAGCAUAGGGUAUUAAAUCUACAUAAUGAUUUUGAAACAGAAAAAUAGUUGAUGGUAAAAAUGUAAAUGUUUUGCAAAAAUUCCUUAUAAAAAAGUUUUGUAGUAAUAUUUCACUUGUAAAUUUUUCUAAAAAAAUGGAAAAGGAAAAAAAUGAGAGUAACAUUUCCCCACAUCUAGAAUUUAGAAAUUAAUUCUGCCAGCAAAGCCUGUAAGGCAUUGAUUUGACACUUUUACAAUGCUGAUUUGUAUAAUUUUUUGGUGGGUUUGGAACUAAAACCAUGUACAAGUUGUUGCCUGCAAUAACGUUUUGCAAGUAACCUAUUAAAAUUCCCUUGAGUUUAAAAGGUUUCUUCAUUUAAUUACUUACAAUAGAAAGUAGCAAUAAAUUAUGUUUGAGUGAUAAUCUGUUCAUCAAGAACACCACUAGAAAGCAAAUGCUUCUCAAUGCAGAAGGGUUGGCAGCAGCUUCUGGAUUUGUGUAAUUAAAAUCUGUACUUGGUGGUCAGCGUUUCCCAACUGGCAGACUCCCAGCAGGGAAUUAAACCAGCAGAUUCUAGCUCAGCACUAAUUCUGUGGGGUUUGUUCAGCUCUUGUGAAUGGGAGUUACGGUUAUUCCUGAACAUACCAAAGGAAAAUCUUUUCUAAGGUAAGGUGUAUGAACACACACGCACACAAAUAAAUAAUUAAAAUUGAAAAAACUUAUUUUUUCUGUUUGAGAGAGAGAUAAAUAGAAGUGUCAUGAUUGUGUUGUAGACCAAAUGAAUAGAACAAAUAAAUGGAGAUGUGAAAGUACUGCCUUUUGAGUACAAGAAAAUACGUUGAGUUUUUCUUAGUGAAAUGUAAUCAGGCUCCUGCAUUGUGUUAUACUAAAAUACCUUUGAUCAUAUGCUAAAUUGUUAAAUAUAAUGGCAUACUGAUUUUUUUUUUUAUAACUCUAAAAGACUUGGUGGUAAGCCUUGCAGUACUUUUGCAAGUAGUAGUAUUUCACAAUGGAAAAAUAAAUAGCAAGAUGAUCACUUGUUUUGUUCCAUCUUCCAAAAGAAGAUGGAACUUAAAAUUUGUGGCUUCUGGCCGUGCACUGCAAGAGAAUAUAAUCUUUCCUCUUUCGUAAUUGAUACCUAAAAUCAGUUAUCUUUUUUGUAUGGUUGAUGAAAUACUGUUAAAGUCUCAUUAACCUCUGUUUGAAUGCAGUGAUUCUCAUGUCAGACAAACUUAUUAACUGAAGUCAAACUGUGCUAUAAUUCAGAGUAACUACAUCUGACCAACUAAUCGUAUCUUUAUUGCCCAAAUGUUUAGUAUUUUGGUGGUGGCAUUUUUAUUGGGAAUUACAAAUUGUGUGGAGUUUUGAACCAGUUUCUAGAUUACUGGUAAGAGAGUAGCCCUUUACUAACACAGCCACCACUGUGGUAUAGUAUUGGAAAAGGUAACCAAAUUUAACAUGACAUUGACCAUGAAUAUGAUAUUCUGUUUCAACCUUCUAGUCCUUUAAAUGUGGUCAUUCUACUCGGUGAAACAAAGUGUUUUACCAAAGUUAGUCAAUUUUUUCUACACCUUUAGGUCGGUACCAUUGCUAUUAAUUUAAUUACAUCAUUUCCCUAUAUACUCAGACUUGCCAAUGCAGGUGAAAGUGCUCUGGGAAGAAACAGCUAUCAUACACUAUUGCUGCUUAAUAGAAUAACUUUUGAAGGGAGGGGACAGCAAGACUCCUCUUCUAGCAGAACUCUAAAAAUGGCUGGACGUUAUUACUGACAACUGGAUUAGUAAUCAAAUGUAAUCAAAUGAGGUGAAUGUUGCUAAAGGUGCUUUCUUCAAUGAAGCUAGACCUUGAACCACAGUGAGUGGGGGAUUUGACUCAAUGAAGUCCAUUCCAUAAAGCAAGUCAUUUGCCAUUAAUGGAAAUGUUGGAAGUUCCCUCAUUUGGCCAUGGAACUGUCUGUCUUUUCUCAAGAAGCAUUUGGGAUAGAAAAUUUAUAACUUGCAAAGGAUUUUUAAGGCUUUGAUAUUUGGGAAUUGUUCAAGUGAAGUAUUUCUGCAAGUCAUUGCACUAGCAUUGUUGAGGUAUUUUGCUGUUUAAUUUUAGUUUGUUGGAUGUUUUCUUUUUAGCAAGGAUCGAAAAUUAUGUACUUCUAUACUGCCAGAUCCAGAAACAUAGACAUUUCUUUGACUUACAUGAACAGCAGUGUCCCAGGCUUUGCCUAUCAUUUAUAUUUUUACAUAUGAAAAAUGCCUAUCCUUGAACCAUUUAAUAAUUUCUUAUAAUAAUAUUUUUGGCACAAAUUUUUCAUUAAAAAAAAUGACACAUACAAAAACCAUCGAAAUAAUGUCAACCCUUAGAGUUUCCCCUAAGAAACUCUUUCUGUUCUAAAAUGAAGUUUAUUUGAGACCAUAAACACUCCGGAGUGUCUUUACCAGCAAUACAUUUUAAAGCAUUUCUAGACUUUUUCAUUUUAUCUCUUGUAUCAGUCCCCUAUGCUGUAUCCUAGGCUAGGUUUCCAUUAAGACCUCUUACUGCAUUCUCAGUUCUGUAGCUUUUUGUCUUAAUAAUCUCCUGUUUCUUGCAAAAACCAUUGCAGAAACACAUAGGCUGGACAAAAUAAGUACUCGAUCUCAAAUAUUUGUAUUGGAAAACUCUUUUGGAAAGUAUUUCAGCUGAAUGAGGUCUCUGUUCUGUCCCCACAUCUUAGGGAAGCAUAAUCCAGGGUAGAGUUUAAAACAGUAUAAAUUUGCAGGGCUGGUGAAGUUUCUUGAAAAACAUUCGUACUGCUAGUUUGAAAUUUUGUUAAGUGUUAAUUUUUAAGCUGUUUUAAGUUCAAUGCAUAGCUUUGUGUCACAUAUAUUUUAAAAGAAAGUCUCGGGACAAAUCUGAAAGCUGGUUGACCUUGUGGGUGCUCAUUUGUUUGUCAAAGUUUUGGAAGAUUUUGAAGCAAUUAAAAACAAGCAUUAAGAGAAGUGCUGAUGAUCGGUAAGGUGCAUGUCCGCUGAGUGAUGUGUAUGCAUCUUUCAGGAGUUACGUGAAAGAUUUUUUGAGUUUGUCCAUCAACAAGUAUAUUGAACACUAUCCCCUUUCUAAGUCCUUUUAGUCAAUACUACUUCAGUGUUAUAAAUACUCAUCCUCUGCCUGCAGUUUAAAAAAUUUAAGGAGUUAAUAUGCAAAAUUACACAGAGAGUUGGAACAGAGCCAAGAAUGUAAAUGCUACACCAAGUGAAUUAAUUUUUUUCUAGGCAUAUAUUUUACUUUUAGCCU